AUGAACGAUGAGAGUAUUAAAGAUGACAUCAUUGACUUGCUCCUCAAGAUGGAAAGGGGAGAGACUGGACUUGGAGAGUUUCAACUUACUCGAAACCAUACCAAAGGGAUUCUUCUGAAUGUUCUUAUUGCUGGAGUAGACACAUCUGGUCACGCAAUAACAUGGGUGAUGACGCAUUUGAUUAAGAACCCAAGAGUUCUGAAGAAAGUGCAAGCCGAGGUGAGAGAAGUGAUAAAAAACAAAGACAAUAUCACAGAAGAAGACAUAGAAAGACUCGAGUAUCUCAAAAUGGUGAUUAAAGAAACACUUAGGAUAAACCCACUUGUGCCCCUUCUAGUUCCAAGAGAGGCUUCAAAAGAUUUAAAGAUCGCUGGUUAUGACAUUCCAGAGAAAACAUGGAUCCAUGUCAACAUGUGGGCUGUUCAUAGGAAUCCAAAUGUUUGGAAAGAUCCAGAAGCUUUCGUACCCGAGAGGUUUAUGGAUAACCAGAUUGACUAUAAAGGUCUAAGCUUUGAGCUGUUGCCGUUUGGUAGUGGAAGGAGGAUGUGUCCAGGUAUCGGUAUGGGUAUGGCUUUAGUACACUUGACUCUCAUCAACCUUCUUUACCGUUUUGAUUGGAAGCUUCCGGAAGGAAUGGAGGUGGAAGAUGUUGAUCUUGAAGAAUCAUAUGGACUUGUGUGUCCUAAGAAAGUUCCACUUGAGCUUAUCCCGGUCAUUACCAAUAAAUUGAGGCUUGAAGCAGCAGAUUACUUCCCGGUUAUUGGUAGAUUAAUCGACAGGCUCACGGGGUUACAUGGCAAAUGUGAGAAGGUUUUCAAAGCCAUGGAUACAUUUUUCGAUCAAGCUAUAAAACAUCAUCUAGAAGAUGAGAGUAUUAAAGAUGACAUCAUUCACUUGCUCCUCAAAAUGGAAAGAGGAGAGAUUGGGCUUGGGGACUUUCAAAUUACACGAAACCACACCAAAGGAAUUCUUCUGAAUGUUCUUGCUGCUGGAAUCGACACUUCUGCUCAAACUGUGACAUGGGUGAUGACGCAUUUGAUUAAGAACCCUAGAGUUAUGAGGAAAGCGCAAGCCGAGGUGAGAGAAGUGAUCAAAAACAAAGACGACAUCACAGAAGAAGAUAUAGAAAGACUCGAGUAUCUCAAAAUGGUGAUUAAAGAAACACAUAGGAUCAACCCACUUGUGCCCCUUCUAGUUCCAAGAGAGGCUUCAAAAGAUAUAAAGAUCGCUGGUUACGACAUUCCAAAGAAAACAUGGAUCCACGUCAACAUUUGGGCUAUUCAUAGGAAUCCAAACAUUUGGAAAGAUCCAGAAGCUUUCAUCCCCGAGAGGUUCAUGGAUAACAAGAUCGACUAUAAAGGUCUACACUUUGAGCUGUUGCCGUUUGGUAGCGGAAGGAGGAUGUGCCCUGGUAUGGUUAUGGGUAUGGCUUUGGUACACUUGACCCUUAUCAAUCUUCUCUACCGAUUCGACUGGAAGCUUCCAGAAGGAAUGAAGGUGGAAGAUGUUGAUCUUGAAGAAUCAUUUGGACUUGUGUGUCCUAAGAAAGUUCCACUUGAGCUUAUCCCGCUAGGCGAUUUAAACAGGCCCAAUAUUACAAAAGGCCCUGAAAUUACUCGAAAUUGCGUCGCCCAUAAAUCAAAACCCGAUAAUUUGUCGGAAAGGAGAAAAACAAAAAAAAAAAACAAUUCAGAGCAGAAUUUAGUGAGGGAAGAGAAAGAGAGAGUUGAAUCGAGAGGAAGAACAAUGGAUCCAGAGCAAGUUGACGAGUUCGUUAUUGGUUACUUGAAGAAGAAAGGCUUCAAUAGCUUUGCUAAAGGCGUUGAAGAAGGUCUUCACCAGAACAAUGGUGGUAGCAGCUUCAGUUCUAUCGAUUAUCAUAACGACCUCACUAAGCUCAUUCGCUCCUUUUCCCAAUCAGAAGAUGAUCCAACUCGGUACCGUGAGAGUUACAGCAAGCUAAGGUCAUGGGCGUAUAACUCACUGGAUCUAUAUAAGCAUGAAUUGCUCCGAGUGAUGUAUCCCGUGUUUAUUCAUUGUUACAUGGAUCUGGUUGGUAAAGGACACACUCAAGAAGCGAGAGCCUUCUUUAACAGCUUCCGCAAAGAUCAUGAAAUGAUACAUUUACGGGAUCUUCAGAAGCUGGAAGGCGUUCUUGCUCCAUCUCAUCUAGAGGAGAUGGAGUUUGCUCGUUCUCUUAGACAAAGCAAGGGCAACAUCAAAAUCUGUCAGUAUUCAUAUGAUCUGUUGCUUCAGUAUCUACAUAGGACAGAAUCUACUUUAAUGCUUGGUAUUAUUAACGAGCACAUCAAUUUCCAAGUCUACUCGGGGCAGCCUAAUUCCGCAUCUGAUGACGUAGAUGCUGUCACCAUUGUUGGGAGUUUUCAGGACACAGCUAAUCACAUCAAUCAAAAAGAAAUACAGUGGGGAUUGCUUGAAGACUCGCUAGAAGAUCGCCUUGAGAAGACGGGAGGUCUACUGUCUGAUUCUGAGAAGGGACAAGGAGAAAGUAAAGACGGGGACAUGGAUGAUAGUAAGAAAAGAGCCACCGAAAUCGGAAAGCAAGGCUCGUCCUUAAAAAAGUUAAAGAAGGACAAAGCAGGAAAUGCAACAGCAAAAGUUGCACGUCAGGAGACCAGCACAGUGUUGCCGGCUCCACGUGUAAAAUCAGAACUUGCCUUGCCAGUAAUGUCUACAGAUGUAGAGCAAUCCAUCCUUGAAGACCUGAGAAACCGCGUGCAGCUGAGUAGUGCCGCAAUGCCAUCUGUCAGCUUUUAUACAUUUGUUAAUACUCAUAACGGGUUAAACUCUGCAUCUAUAUCUCAGGAUGGAUCUCUGGUUGCUGGUGGGUUCUCGGAUUCAUCGAUAAAGGUGUGGGACAUGGCGAAGAUAGGACAAGCGGGCAGUGCUUUGCAGGGUGAAAAUGACACAAAUGAUCAAACUGUUGGACCAAAUGGCAGAAGAAAUUAUACAUUACUGCUGGGCCACUCAGGACCAGUUUACUCGGCCACUUUCAGUCCUCCUGGAGAUUUUGUUUUAUCUUCUUCAGCAGACACAACAAUACGGCUGUGGAGCACAAAACUAAAUGCCAAUCUCGUGUGCUACAAGGGUCAUAAUUACCCUGUAUGGGAUGUCCAGUUUAGUCCUUUCGGACAUUACUUUGCAAGUUGUUCACAUGAUCGUACUGCGCGGAUUUGGUCGAUGGACCGAAUACAACCUUUGCGGAUAAUGGCAGGGCAUCUAUCUGAUGUUGAUUGGCAUCCCAAUUGUAACUACAUUGCAACCGGUUCUAGUGAUAAGACGGUUAGACUCUGGGAUGUCCAAACAGGGGAAUGUGUCAGGAUAUUCAUUGGGCACAGGAGUAUGGUUUUAUCACUGGCGAUGUCACCAGAUGGGAAAUAUAUGGCUUCCGGUGAUGAAGAUGGCACCAUAAUGAUGUGGGAUCUCUCAACAGCUCGCUGCAUCACACCUCUCAUGGGCCAUAAUUCAUGUGUCUGGAGUCUCUCUUACAGUGGCGAGGGCUCUCUUCUGGCUUCUGGAUCCGCGGACUGCACAGUGAAACUGUGGGACGUCACCUCAAGUACCAAAUUGACAAAGGCCGAGGAAAAAAAUGGGAACUCAAACAGACUGCGCUCACUCAGGACUUUCCCCACCAAGUCCACACCAGUUCACGCUCUCCGAGAGCGCUCUCUAAACCCGCAAGCUGAUCAAACCAAUGGUCAUCUGAUAGUAGCUGCUUUUACAUUCUUAGAAGCUGUUGUAGUUCAGAAGGAAUCAGUUGUAGAAUAUAGCCCUCUUGAUACUCUCAGUAUCUCCGAA